CACAAGAACAUUGCCUUCUACGUGGGGAGGACUUUACAUGGUUUCCCAACAAGCCUUAACAGACAUUAAAGGAACGGAAACAUUGUGAUUUCAUUCUGUUCCUGACACAAGAUGGAUCUGCGAGUCUCUGUCGUUCUUCUUUUCAUUUUUCUCACUGGAGGAAAUUCUCUCAGGUGUUACUCGUGCUUACCUGAUUCGACGGGUUCCUGUAAAGCAAAAGUGGAAACAUGCCCAGUUGGAUAUUCUAAAUGUGCGAGGAGUGUACUGGAACAAACAGUUGGUUCCUCUAAGGUGUUCUUCACAUCUAAAGUGUGUGCAGAUAAGUGUGUACCAGGGAUCCAUCAGAUAGAUGAAGGGACGUUGUCUCUCCACUGCUGUGACACUGACCUUUGCAAUGCAGCAGAUGGAGUGUUUAAGGGAAGCUUCCUCCUGCUCUUCUCUCCUCUGCUCUUCUACUUCCUGUUUCAGUGAGUCCAGAUUCAAGACUUCAGAUUCUAGUGAAGAUCAGCACAAAAACUGAAUAUGAGACACAAUUGAUUUAAUUUACUGAAUACAGCUUGUUUGUUGCUCUGUUGUUCUUUGGUUUAAGGAACUAAAAAAAAUUUAUUUACUGCAUCAGCACUAACAGAUGUAUAAAUGUAUAAAAGUUAUUAUAGAAUGUAAUAAAGAAUUAAGGAAACAGAGUGUGCUAAACUGCUGUAAUAAAAUAUUUAUGUAUUAGCCUACA